AACCAGGGCCUGCCCACUCUUCGCCUUGUCCGGACACUGAGCGAGUGGGCCCUUUCACCCCCGCAAGUUUAAGAGCUUUUAGCGCUCCUCCUUCAGCCAACUAUAAUCUCGAUUAUUGUUUCGCCCCCCGCCAACAAAACACUUAAAGACUAUCCUGGUGUCCGGCUCGUCGCUUGUCAAAACGUCCACUUACCGUUUGGGUGAACCCUCCUCUCAACAUCAACACCUACCCAAUAACCCAGAGUAGCAAUUAAUGCUAUCGGAAACGACUUAUCGUCGCCGUCUUUCCUACACUCCGUGCAAGAAGUGCAUUCGCUACAUAAAAUGGCGUUAGGACUAUUUGGGUCCAAGAAGGCUGCCCAUGGCGCAGCCGACAGACACAGCACCAGCAGCGACGAAAAGGAAAAGGUCGCCAGGCCUGACAAGGCGUAUGACGCCGAAGCCGGUCUAGGGAGGAUCGAGGACCCGUCGCGCCGCGAUGUGGAUGAGGCUGAUAGCAUCACAAUUGGCAAGCAGAUAGAGCUAGAGGCUGAGAAUGCCAUCAAGUACCGUACUUGCAGCUGGCCCAAAACCGCUGCCUUAUUAUUCUCCGAGUACAUCUGUCUGGCUAUCAUGUCCUUUCCAUGGUCUUACUCAAUUCUUGGGCUUGUCCCGGGUCUGAUCUUGACUGCCGUCAUCGCUGGCCUAGUAUUGUAUACAUCUCUGAUCACUUGGGAGUUCUGCCUGCGCCACCCCGAGAUUCGCGAUGUCUGCGAUCUUGGCCAGAUGAUUUUCUGGAACAAGAAGUGGGCCUUCUACCUCACUGCCGUCAUGUUCCUGCUGAACAACACGUUCAUCAUGGGUCUGCACUGUCUCGUGGGCGCCAAGUGGUUUAAUACCAUUUCUGGACAUGCUACCUGCACCAUCGCCUUCUCCGUUAUCACGGCCAUCAUCUCCUUCCUCGCCUCGCUCCCACGUACCUUCUCUGGACUUGCCAAGAUUGCCACCUUCUCCGCGCUCUUCACCUUCAUCUCGGUGAUGCUAGCAGCAAUCUUCUCUGGAAUCGAGCAGAAACCCGCUGGUUAUCCUAGCAAGGGCGAACCAAAUGUCUUGGCCUUUCCCGCAUCGGGCACUACGUUCGUGGCUGGCAUGAGCGCUUUCAUGAACAUCAGCUAUACCUUUAUCGGACAAAUCACCCUUCCCAGCUUCAUCGCCGAGAUGAAGAACCCCAAGGAUUUCCCAAAGGCACUCUGGGUCGUGACCAUUUGCGAGAUCAUCGUGUUCAGCUUGGUCGGCGGCGUCGUUUAUGGCUACACGGGCACCCAGUACAUGACGAGCCCCGCGUUCGGAUCGCUCAAGAACGAGGUUUACAAAAAGGUCGCCUUUACGUUCAUGGUACCCACCAUCAUCUUCCUGGGUGUUCUUUACGCCUCAGUGUCCGCUCGUUUCGUCUUCUUCCGCAUUUUCGCCGGUACCAGACACAUGGGUAGCCACACUGUGGUCGGAUGGGCGACUUGGGCCAGCAUCCUUGCUGUGCUCUGGAUCCUCGCCUUCAUCAUUGCCGAAGUCAUCCCCUUCUUCUCCGACUUGCUCUCGCUCAUGAGUUCGCUCUUCGACUCGUUCUUCGGGUUCAUCUUCUGGGGCGUCGCUUACUUCCGCCUGCGCAGAGCCAAGUACGGCCCAGACUACUGGAAGACACGCGGUUUCCGUGGAUACUUUGGAUUCUUCUUCAACAUCCUUCUAUGUAUGAUUGGACUGCUCUUCUUGACGGGAGGAACGUAUGCCACCGUGCAGUCCAUUAUUGAUGGAUAUAAGGCGUCUUCGUUCGGGGGACCAUUCACAUGUGCGGACAAUGGCUUGUAGACAGCUAACGAUUCAAGAAGAGAUGAGGACAUGGAAUCUUUUGCUUAAGACUGUAUGAUUUGGAUGUUCUGUAUACCCGACGUCCCGUAGUAGAGGUUAUUUGGAUCUUGUGUACAUACGGGUAGAAACAUAAUAGGGCUAGAAAGAUCCUCUAGCAGGCGUUUAUAUGAGGUCUACACUGAAAUUCAUUAAUGUCAAUCACCUGCUAAGAAGCCAAAUUCGGUUCGAUGCGAGUGUUGCUCAAGACGUUGUCUCAAAUGUUCGCGAGCUAUGACGUCUCGCUAACGGCACAUGCCAACUGGGC